GCAGCGGGAAUGAAGAGUAUGGGCAGAGGCAGGAAUUGAGGCAUAGCAGUGCCUGUUUGGCGUUGUAGCAGUGCCUGUUUGGCGUUUAUGCCGGCCCUUUUCUGGAGAUGACGAGGAAGGUACCGAGUGAGAUGUUUCACUGCUGUUGUAGCACCAACCGAGUGUCCUUGGUACAACGAUGUGGGAAGCAAGUGGUGCUUCUCCUGUUGUUGAUGUUGCUGAUGCUGGCGAGAGAAGAUGCUGAUGCGGGUGUCAUGGGCGUGGAGAUGAUCGAAGUGAAGGGUGGCUGCCUCCAGGUUACAUUGAAGGCCGGCGAGCACAUCAAAGCGGACCCCCGUUACAUCGUGUCCCGAGGCGUCGGUCUAGCCCUCCGCCCGCCGGCGCCCCUGGAGAAGCAAGGAAUCCUCGGCGGGCUCAAGCGGCGCCUGCGCAAGGCGGCCCAAGGGCGACAGGACCACCAGCAGCAGCAGCAGCAGCAGCGAGACAAUCACCGUCUGGAGAGGGUGUCGAACACGAUGGCCUCGAACGAAACGGACUGUUUUGUCGCCCCACCGUUUCCGGGAGACGUUGUCGUUGUCUCGGUCAGCAGCGGCGGCGGAGACGAAAGCGUUGGUGAAGAUGGGAAGGAUUAUGACGAUGCCCACGGCGGCGAUCGGCGCAAGGCUAGGCAACGGCGAGAGGGUAGGAGCGGGGACCGGCCUGCCGCGAGAGGCAGCAGGCACGGCUCCGUUAAGCCCCGCAAGCUCGUGCUGCUAACGCAGGCGAUUGUUGCCGUCGGCCCGGGGGUUGUCGUGAAGCCCUCGCCCCGCCCAGAUGCAGCAGGCGUAGGAGGACUGGGGGGAUCUUCACUCUCCCGCCGACAACAGCAACGUGGCGGACCUGUUGUAACGACGGGCGCGCUCUCUUUGUGUGAAGGGCAAGGGCCAAUCGCGGUGGCCGGGUACGGAAAGCUAAAAAAGUUGCGGUUGAGGCCGGGGCAGAAGAGGUUGGUGGACUCCUCUCGCGCGGUGGGUUGGACCAGCGGCGUAACGUGCCUCACUGGCACCGGGGGGCGUGCCUCGGUACCCACCACCGGCAACAAUAUUGGAGCCAACAGCCCUGCUGGCGCGUUUACCACGUUCGUAGGCCCCGGGACUGUUUACGUUCAGACGCACUCUCUCCCUGGUUUACGGCGAUUACUCUUGCCAAAGUCGGGAGUUCCGUUGCAAGGGGAAGUUCCUUCGGGCCUCCUGGAGGCGGGGAGGAGGGGUGCGGGGGCGUUGUUCGCCCCACGGGGAGGGCCGCCAACAGUGGGUCUUUCUCUGAAGAGGGGCUUGGCGAAACGUGCGAAGGCGGGGGCGAAGCGGGUUUCUCUGGCAGUGGCGUUCUUCGCCCUGUACCUGGUGGUGUACUCCCUGGUGACGGCGUUGCUCCUUGAGGGGAGGGACGGCCUCGCCAACGCGCCGCGGCACGCGGUGCAGGUGGUUCGCUCCCUCGCAAAGGUGGCGCGGCGUGUGGCGGUGGUGCUGGUACGGCUCGGGCGGGAAGAGCUGUGGAGAGAAGGAGAAGGGGGAGGUGGUACACCUCCGCAGAUACGCCCUGCAGAACGAUAGUGGUAGGAGCUCGGUUUGACCGGGUGUUUCAACGCCAAGACACACAGCGCAUUCAUGCGCCGUUGAUAGAUUUGUGAGGUGGCAUUAUCUCCCUCGUUGUGUGCCAUCCUUCAUGCAUACGAAUUAGACUUGUUUUUACGACGACACCUGGGAGUUUGUUGACGGGCGUGCAGCGUGGGGUUUCGGUAUUGUUUCGUCCGUGUUUGCAAGAAAAUGAACGGUUUGGUGAGGUUGUUUUUCUGCGUGGCCUCGACCAACCAAUAGACCAUUGGCGAGAACCCACGGACAGACACGCCCAAUGAUUCCAGAAGCACCUUGUGUGGUCAUUGAGGGCAUGAAUCUCAACCCUGCCGCCAGCAGAAGCAUUCGGGAAGAUAGAGUAGACUACGUGUCCUAACAAUGUUGUAUAGAUAGAUGGACGAUCGGGUUGUUGACUGGACCGACCAGGGAGGCCUGUCCGGUACAUGCAGCGGUUCUAGCACCAAGACAUGGUCGUUCGGGCUUGUUUUGGAUUGAGAUAGGUCUUGACAGCCUUGACGCAUGAACUCAAAAAGAGGUGGAUAAUCUGUCAAUGCGAUACGU